GACCCCCCGGCCCUGCUCUCCGUGUUGACCCGGGUAUGAACCACCAGCCGGGGUUGACAGUCGGAGUCUCCGGGCUCCAUUAUGGCGUGGAGGAACUGUUCCGUCCUGCUCCGGCUGACCGGAGAAGACACGUUACGGAGCUCCGUGAGGGACGGCAGCAGGUGGCCUCACAGCCUCCAGCAGAGAUGCAGCUUCAGGAAAGCAACCAGAAAACCAGAACCGAAGAAGGUGGAGGAGGAGUUAGGCCCCGCCCACACAGAACUCUCUGAGGCCGCCGCCCACCGACGGAGCCCCGCCCCCCACCUGGACCAGCAGGCUCCGCCCAGUUCACCGCGAGCCUUCGGCCGGCUGCUCCGACCGUUCGUCUUCACCGUGGGGUUUACAGGCUGCUCCUUCGGCUCGGCGGCCAUCUGGCAGUACGAGUCGCUCAAGUCUCGAGUCCAGAGUUACUUCGACGAGAUCCGAGCCGAUUGGCUGGAGAGAGUUCGACCUCAGAAACGAGGAGAUGUAAGAAAAGAGAUCAACCAAUGGUGGAACAGCCUGAGUGAAGGACAGAAGACGGUAACAGGGAUCAUUGCUGCUAACGCCAUCGUCUUCUGCUGCUGGAGAGUCCCGUCCCUGCAGCGCUUCAUGAUCCGAUACUUCACCGCUAACCCCGCGUCCAGGACUCUCUGCUCUCCCAUGCUGCUCUCCACGUUCAGCCACUUCUCCUUCUUCCACAUGGCCGCCAACAUGUACGUCCUCUGGAGCUUCUCCACCAGCGCCGUCUCCAUGCUGGGCCGGGAGCAGUUCAUGGCCGUGUACCUGUCUGCAGGUGUUGUUUCCACGUUUGUCAGUUAUGUCUGUAAGACGGCCACGGGGAGGUUCGGUCCAUCACUCGGAGCGUCCGGCGCCAUCAUGACGGUCCUGGCUGCCGUUUGCACCAAAAUGCCAGAAGCCAAACUGGCCAUCAUCUUCUUCCCCAUGUUCACCUUCACGGCCGCCAACGCUCUGAAGGCCAUCGUUGCCAUGGAUACGGCCGGUCUGGUGCUGGGAUGGAGGUUCUUCGACCACGGCGCUCAUUUAGGAGGAGCCCUGUUUGGAAUAUGGUACAUACUUUUCGGCCACGAGUUGAUCUGGAAGAACCGAGAACCUUUUGUUAAACUUUGGCACGAGCUGAGAACCGGAGGAGGACGAGGAGGGGGAGGAGACCGAGGAGGUUCGGUUUGAUCGACGAUGAUGGGAAAUAAAAAACUAACCUGUAAAGAUGUAAAAAAUGUACAGACAGAAGCACAGAAUCUCUGCGACUCCCAGGAGACGGGUGGGAGUCUGGAUUUAACGUUCACGUCUGGUUUUGUUUAGUUUUUUCCCCCGUAAAGACAAAAAACUGAGAAAACUUCACAACUGCAACUAAAAAUCCUCCUUUAACAAUCAAUCAGGUAAUUAUUUGUCCAAUAAAGACACCAAAAGUCCAUUUUAGCCUCAAAACCCCCCAAAAGAUUCUGUUUAUUGAAAUGUUUUGCAGAUUAUUAAGUGAUUUAUUUGUGUUUUUUAUCAAUUGAUCAGUUUUGUGGAGCAGAUUUCUAUGUGGAAACACUGAAAUUAGACAAACACUGAAUGUGGUAUUUAUUGUGAAAAGUCGGGACAGAAUCAGGAAAAGAAACAUUUCUCCAAGACUGACUAUAUUCGGACACGAACUCCAUCUCCUUUCAUCUGUCUUUCUGCUUAUUUAUGUUUGUCGCUUUUUCUUUCAAAUAAAAACUGUAAAAUGAUGAAAUCAGA